UAUUAAACACCAUGGUACUUAAGUAUUGAAGUAUUGAAGUAUAUUGGUAUGGUUCUAAGUGUUUUUGUUAAUGCUAAUAAUUAAAAAGACCACACAGAGAUUACUAUUGUUCUAUAAGGUUCAUGGUCUUACAUGCAGUUUGAUGCUAAUUAGUGGUAAAAGUCUUGCAUUAGUUGGAGAUGUUAGCUUGGAAACUUCAGUGCACGAGUAAGAAAGCAACAUUUGGACGCUGAGCAUGUGCUGGGCAUGUGCACGUGCUGCCUGCAUUUGCUGGAAGUGAAAAAUGAUUGAGUGAGUAAUAAUUUAUCUCGUUUUUGAGACUUCUUUUCUCAUCCCUGCGCAUCGGCGCACUCACUUUGAGUGUGCACAGAAGCAAAAGAAGAAGAGAAGUCAGUUCAUCAGCGCUGAGGAAGAGAAGGAGGAGGAAGAGGAGAAAGAGGAGGAGGAAGAGGAGAAGGAGGAGGAAGAGGAGAAAGAGGAGGAGGAGGAACGCGCCGCUGCUUUUUUCUUCCUAAUUACCCCACUAGUGACGAUGACAAGGCAGAGUCACGCACACAGAACCGCAACGAAAAGGUAGAUCAUUUCUGAUAGACCAGGAUUUAUUUAUUUAUUUAUUUAUUUAUUUAUUUAUUUAUUUUCUCAAGUCGCGGGUUUUAUUUCACAAGAUCCCGAAGAUGCUGAAGAUCAAGAAACAUGUCAGCAGCCCACUUCUACAUGAUUGCGGAAAACCCAAAGGAAUAAAGGCAGCUAGUCAUGACACAGAAAUGCCACAUGGGAAAUGUUGCUGAUGGUAGGAGGAGCCACUUUUUUUUUUUUUUUUUUUUUUUGCAUGAUGUUGUGUAUUAGUUCAGAAUCAAGUUGGGCGUGGAUAAAGGAGCCUAACACCUUAUCUUAAGAAGAUUAAAACUAGGUAAACUCCCUACAUGCUUAACAGAUUGGAGGACAUUAAAAUGGACCAGAGCGCAGAACUGAUCACAGAUAGCGCACAUGUGCUUGGCUGGGAGUGUUUUCUGGGGGUUUUUUUUUUAGAUGACUGUGAGAUGAGAAGAGCGGAUUAAAAGGCAUGGCUGAGCUCAAGAUCCUCUACCCUGGUCUUGCAAGUGGUCAGCUUGCUAACAGGGACCUCGAGUGGACUAUGCAACACGAGGAAAGUUAUUAUCCAGCAUGCACGGAUGAAGCGGCUUUUUUAAUCGAGGCUGAACCGGAGGCGCGCGCGAGAGGACAGACUGGCUUUUCAGCACCACGGACAGAGCCUCCGCUUCUCCACCAGUGGGGAACUGAUGAAGAAGUUCACGUAUGUCAUGAUGAGGGGUUUGAAACAGGGUUUUCUGAGAUAACUGAUGUUGAAAUACGCAUUCAGAAUCCAGAGAUCAACUGUGAACACGCUAGCUCCUUCUGUGAUCCGGAUCUCUCCGAUGAUGACUUCGCAGCAGAACAGGCUGAAAAGUCGGCUGAUUACGGCUUCAUCUGUGCAGUGACUUUUUUGGUGACUGGGAUGUUUCUGGUGGUUGUUUCCUACACGGUCCCUCGUGACGUCAGAGUGAGUCCAGACAGCGUCUCAGCGCGGGAAAUGGAGCGUUUGGCCCUCGAGAACGCCCGGGUGGGCGCACACCUGGACAGAUGUGUGAUCGCCGGGCUGUGUCUCCUGACUUUGGGUGGUGUUGUGCUCUCCACCUUACUCAUGAUCUCCUUGUAUAAAAGCGAAAUGGUCAGACGGCAGGCUUUUGCAAGCUCCAAGCACUCAGCCAAACUUUACGGGUCUAUCAAUUUUAGAGGUGUUGGUAAUCAAAACAGUGUCCCAUCACAUCUGUCUCUGGAUGAGGAUGAUCCAAUGAUUGAAAUUUCGAGCUGAAACCUGUAUUUCUGUGACUGUGUAUGACAUUUGACAUUUUUUAACCCCUUAAAGUUUCGCCUUAUUAACAGUUAUUCACAUAAAAUCAUAUUAGUCAGGAACUACAACAAAGUAUUCAGCAACAGUGAAAUUAUUAGGAAAGGUAUGUCGCUAUGAGGGUGAGAAAUGUUUGUCUGGGAGUUUAAGGGGUUAACCUAUUACUAAUUCACUAAUUACUGUGAAUACUAUUGAGCAAGAACAAUGUGGUGGAUUUUGUAAUGCUACAUAGUAAUGUAAUAGUAAGAUUCAGUAUAAACACGAACUCCACCCUUAAGCCCUAACUGUAACUCUCAGUUUUUUAAUACACAACCUGAAUCAUGUGAAUUGGAGUGAAUUUACAGGUGUGUGACCACGCUGGAUUUGACCAGGUAUAGCAAGGGACUUAACAUUUAUGCCUCAGAUUCCCAAAAACAUUGUAGCACAAAGAUCAUCAAUAAAUGGUAGAGUGAACAUCAUAUUGAACACUCCAAGUUUCUCCAAGUUAAAAUGAUUACAAUACUUUUGGGAAACUCAGAAUCAGGACUAAAGAACUGAAGAGUGGCAUCAAAAUUUUAUAUUUUUCAAUCAUUUGUAUCAGUUAACAUCGCCCUUGCAUGAAACAGAUCAUGAUGACGUAUAAAUGUCAUUGUAAAUAUUUUAUGUAAACAUUUUCUUGUAGUAACAGGUGCUUUUUAUGGUUGAAUCAAUAGCAUACUGUGUGUCUUCAACUCAGAUUGUGCACAUACACAUACACAUGCUCUAUUUUAUAUCUAAUCUUAUGACAGCAAUGGUGCAUCCUUUUGUUUGGUAAUUUUAUACGACAGUCUGUCAUCAUUUAAAUGCCACAUCUCCAAGUCAAAUGAACCUCUGCAUUUGCAUGUACAUAAUCAAUGUGUACACAUUUAUAUACUCAGCCUGAGUGGUCUUGAGUAGCCUACAUUAAUAAACAGAGGGUGCAGUUACUCUUAGCAGAUGUCUCUGUUGAACACACACACACACACACACACACACACUAUUAAUGCGGCUAAUUAAGGCUACGCCUACGCCUACACCAGAGGUUCCCAAAUUAGGGGUCCCAACCCCAUGUGGGGUCAUUUAAUUUACAAAUGGUGUUUGUGAGAGAAACAUUUAUUAAUUUAUUUUACAAAGUAAUAUCAUGAAUAUCUCUUUAACCAUGAAGAUGGAUUUUAUGUGCUACGAUUUUUUUUUUAAAUGUUACAGGGAGUCAUAUUCAAACAAGCCAUAUUUAAACAAAGAGUGUUAUGUUAGUCUUUAGUGUUUAGCCUUGUUCAAAUGUUACAAUAGUCCUAACUUAUAAAUAUGGAAUAAUAACAAUCUAAGGUGGUCAAGGCUUGGGGUCACAAACAAUCAAAAAGUUCAUUUGGGGUUAUUUACCCUAAACAUUCAGGAACUCUUGAACCUUACUGCAGAAACCAAAAGGAAACAAUCAGCUGCUUGGUAAAGCAGUCCCAAAACAAUGUUCUUUGUUGCCCAUGAUACCUUCACUUUAUUAGGGAAACAAAAUGAAAGAAAUAAUGUAGAAGUUGUAAAAACACAGACUGUAAAAUGUCACAGAAAAUAAAAACGGAAUGGAAUGAUCCAGCAAGUAUUGAAAAUGUUCAUAAAAUGUCAAACGCUAACAAUAAUCUUUUUUUAAUGGUGAGUACUGGCUGAGAAAAGCUUCCUCUCUCGUUAGUGUCAAGCUGUUAUUUCUGAAAUUGCUCUUAACACACCCCCUCUGUGGCCAUUCAGUCUCACUUUAAGCUUAGUAAAUAUACACUGAGAAGGCGCUGAACAAGCAAGAGCCUCUCUCACAUUGCUCAGGAUUGCAGUGUGGCUUCAUAACGAGAAACGCUUACUAUGAGGCGGAUUAAAUUAUCCCAACUUACACAACAAAACUGCUGUUCUGCCACACUGAAGAAUCCUCACACCAUCUCCAUCGCAAGCAUAUGCACCAUGGUGUCCUUUAAUCGCAGUACACAUGAAAUGUUUGCUUAUGGGUGUCCUGCCAUUUAUGUCAUAUGCAGAAAUGUAGUAAUAAGGUCUAAUCAAUGCUAAUAGGAUGUAAAUAUGAUUAUGGGAAAAAGCAUACUUCAACCACCACUCCCACAUUUCUGAGGACAAUAUAUAUGAAGUUCCUUAGAGAUUGAGAUUAAAAAGGGAAGAAAAGAAAAUAAUUUAGAUAAAAAAAUAAUCAAAAGUAGAAGAAUUUUUAAUAAAAAACUCAUAAAAAGGAGAGAAAGGACUAAAAAAUAUAUUAUGCACACAUGUAUGCAGCCAACAACAAAUGAAA